AUGAGGCGUGCUCAAACAUGCUCUAUUCACAAAUCAGUCAGUAUCACCCGGACGAACCUAUGGGUUCAAACAGCAUGCCAGCUAGGGUUCCGCCAUCCGUGGGCCUUCCACCGUCAAUUCGCGACGUGUAACCAGUGCCCGCCACUCCACGCGGUGAAGACUGAGCUUGGUAGGCUCGCGCUGGGCAGCUCAAAGACAGUGACACGCUGGGAUGCCGAUGACUUUGCUUGCGACAUGCGCGCGUCAGAACAUGAACAAGACAGUGUUAUAAGCGAUCCCCACACUGGGUUGUGUCGUGCUCGCGUCGAUGAACUUAUGCUCGUUCACGUACCUGUGAAUGCCCUGGAGGCGCACUUAUACGCACAAAUUAUUCCUUGGUGUUAUAGAUGGCCGUCUUCAUCACGGAACAAGCCCUCAGGGAGAAGGGGGGUCCAGUGUGCACACGGAUUGAAGGUGGUUACAUCGCUUGUCGAGAACCGCGGAGAGCGUUAGCUUCUGUCAGUACUGAGGAAUCUAGCAGAAACGCACAAUGCCGCCGUAAAUGAUAGAGCCAAUAUUCUCAGUGCCCUUCGCCGAGACACACAAUCAUGCAAUGUCACUACCAAGUCCCGAAGAGUGGGAACCAUCUACCCGAGUCCUGAGUGCGCUGGCGAAAGAUGGAUC